GUUGGCACGGUCACGCGGGGUAAGAGGGGAGAGAGUGAGAGAUCAGAGGGUGUCUGUAGAGCGGACGGUCCCUCGGUCCCGGCAGAACAAUGCUACAAUGAGCAGCUUCUUAGACUACUCGGUGAUGAGCGGCGAGGGCGGCUCGUGCUCUGUCAGGGCUUUCCACUCGGACCACGGGAUUACAACGUACCAGUCGUGUGCGCUCACUGUCAACAACUGUGGGUCGGAUGAGCGUUUCAUUGAAAGCAGGACUUCCCCUGACGGCAUCGCUCACCAGCCGGGGUCCUACCAGUCUGUGAGCUCUCUAGGUCUCGCCUAUGGGGCCCACCCGGCCUGCAGCUCCAGUUAUGGACCCCAAACCUUCUGUGCCACGUACAACCACUACACGCUGAACCAGGAAGUGGACUCCACAUCGGGAUUCCCACAGUGCGGCCCACUGAUGUACUCGGGCAACAUCUCCUCCUCCGUGGUCUCUCAGCAUCGCCAAGGCUACAGUGCCGCCCCCCUGGGUCAGCUGCAGUAUGCCCACGCGGCCUAUGGCGGCGGACAUGAGCAAACAAGCCCUUUUCCGGGGUGCUCGAACCCGCUGUCACCGCUGCACGCGGCUCACCUGGAGGCUUGCUGUUCACCUCUGUCCGAAAGCGCAUCUUCCGCACAGACAUUCGAUUGGAUGAAAGUCAAGCGGAACCCCCCCAAAACCGGAAGGUCGGGGGAAUACGGUUACGGGGGUCAGCCGAACACAGUCCGAACCAACUUCACCACCAAGCAGCUGACGGAGUUGGAGAAAGAGUUUCAUUUUAACAAGUAUCUGACGCGAGCGCGGCGCGUGGAGAUCGCCGCUGCGCUGCAGCUGAACGAGACUCAGGUGAAAAUCUGGUUUCAGAACCGCAGGAUGAAGCAGAAGAAACGGGAGAAAGAGGGACUGCUGCCGGCCAAAACGCAGACCUCAGACCCGGGAGAGGUCAUUCAAGAGAAAACAGACGAUGCUGCAUCUGAGAAAUCUAUCUCGGCUCCCUCGACUCCUUCUCCCACAUCCACGGUGUCUUCCACUGGGACUGAGUCGUACUCCUCCAAGUAGAAAUCAACUCCCUCUUUACCUCAGUGGGCCACGGACCCUCUAACUACGCCAAAGUUCACACCCAGUACGGAGCCAAAGUUGAUGGAAAGCCUAUGAGAACAUUUAUGAGCUGAUGCACUAUAUGGGGCUCGUGCAACUUUCUUUCGGGGCUGUACAGUUAAAGUGUUAAGAACUAAAGACUUGCUGUCAAAUCAUGUACAAGUCAUACAUUAAAUGUCACUUACGCGCACAAACACGAUCGGGAUGGUACGAUGGUAAUGGCCACCACUUACCAAUAGCUGCUGAAUGUCACAAUGUUAAGUCACGAAGAUGCGCACACAUACCUCAGUUGUGCCAAAUCCGUGCGUCACGGCCACGACCGUUUUGAUUGCACUGGAUGUCGACAAUUAGGCAUCACACAAUCAACGAGACGACCUCGUUUAUUAAUUCCUAUAAUGUGAAUUGUUCUGGCUGCUCCCUGAUCAAUGUCAAGCCUGUGUUUCAACCCUUUCUAUGUGUCGUCACUGUCUGAACGUCUAUGGUGUGAGAUUUGCACGACGCUUUAUCCUCUCAUGUCUUAUUUGCGGGGAGCUGAGUUUUAUCAGUUGGUGAACCGGCCAUUUAUGAGCAUAUAUGUUCCAGGCAAUCUAUGAAAUAUUUAAUCCAGUAGAGCACAUGCAAAUGUUUUGUCCAAAGAGAAGUUUAUUGUGUAUUAAAGUGCGUUUACAUUUCAAAACGCCCCGUGUCGUUGCUGAGAGGAAGCGCUGGGGUUUCAAAGGAUUACACCGCAAAUCGUCCGCUUUUAUCCACCCAUCACACCCACGUUAUCCUCUACAGGCAGAGAAGCACAGCUCCGUGCAGGUCCCCACCGCUCGAGAAGCUGCACGUGCCUCUUUUACACACCAGAGUCUCUUAAUGUAUGCGUCCGUGCGCGCUCUCGUCCCCGGGGCUAAGAGUUAUUGGCAUAAUAAAGGCAUGUU